AGAGCGGCAGCGCGUCCAUCCUGCCGUGGAGCCGGGAGCGUGGAGCCGCGAGGAGCGCACAGAGAGAGAGAGAGCGAGAGAGAGAGACAGAAGAUGGACGGAGUGGGAUCGUUCGGAGCGGGCCGGGCCGGGUCCACUGUCGACCCGAUUGCCUUCGCCAAACAACCGCAGACCAUCCUCAGAGUGCUGUCCUGGAUAUUUUCCCUGGUGGUCUUUGCCUCCAUCGUGAACGAGGGCUAUGUUAACAUGGGCAGCGAGCGUCUCCACUGCGUCUUCAACAAGAACGCGGACGCCUGCAACUACGGUGUGUUCGUGGGCCUGGUGGGCCUGCUGGCGUGCUCCUUCUUCUUCCUGCUCGACUACAAGUUCUCCUCCAUCAGCUCUGUCAAAGACAGGAAGAAGGCUAUAAUGCUUGAGAUCGGCUUCUCGGGUUUCUGGACCUUCCUGUUCUUUGUAAGUUUCUGCUUCCUGGCCAAUCAGUGGUCCCGGACCACGGCUGAUGAGCUGCCACUCAACCAGGGGGCAGAUGCGGCCCGGGCUGCCAUCGCCUUCUCCUUCUUCUCCAUAAUCACCUGGGCUGGCCUAACAGUGCGUGCGGUCCAGAAGUAUCUACUCGGCACAGACAUGACUCUGUUCACCACGGAGCACAUGGACGGCGGCGCACCCACCAAGCCAUACCCCUCCAAUUCACCAGUAGGCGGCACCACUGAGACCACAGAGACCUACCAGAGCCCCCCAUUCACCGAGAAGAAUGCAGCACCCACGUACCAGGUUCCCAUUUACUAGAUGAGAUAGGCCUGAUGGUGGGAGAGGAAGUUCAGGAGAGGGAUGAGAGGAAAGUGAAAAUUGCUUCCUGUGAUAUUAGACCUGCAGUUGUUUAUGGGUUAAUCUGGGCUGAGUUUUCAAUAACUGUUAAAAACAGCCUCUCCUUCUUUGUUUCCUCCUCUCGUUCCCUUUCCUUCCUCAACAUUCCAGCUUUACCUGCAUUUUUCUAGACCUGUAUGUCAAUCUGAAAUUCCUGCUAGUGUCCUCAGAUCAGAGCAGACGAGAGAAAAGGAAAACAAGAGGAGGAAAUGUAGGAGAAGAGGCCGCUUUGCAGUGUUAACACUAUUUUGAAGAAGAAGAAAAAGAGAUGAAGGGAUCAACAAGUGAGUGACACCACCACAAAGCAGUAUUAGAUCCCUAAAAAUAGUGCACUCACAUACAGCACCUUCAUCUUAUUCUUUUGAUUCAAUUAAGUGUGAACAUCCCCUUUCAUGCCAAACAGUACGGGGAUUUUUUUAUUCUUUUUUUUUAGCUACAGUACAGUCUGGUCUUUCCUCUAUCUUUCUCUGCUGCAGUUAAGGUGAUCAUGUGUAUUGAAUCUGCAUGUUUCCAAACUUAGAGAUCAACUAAGUGCCAUACUGUACUGUGUGUCUCAGACAGUGACUUAAUUUAGUAGAUUUCCACAUGCUGUAAAAAACAAUGACAACAAUGUUUUGUGACCAAGUGCAAUAUCUCACAUUCUUAUGUAGGUCUGUAGGUAGGUAUAUGCUGUACUCUAGGUAGGAUAGUUAUCAUCAGUUUAGACCAAUUGUAGGCACUGUCUCAAAUUACAUACUAGUCUUUGAAUUGUACUAACAAAUCUCAGGCAAAUUUCCCAAUUAAAAUUGUUGAUCUGACUGGUGAAGUUUGCAAGAUAUGGAAAAUACUGUAUUAUCUAAGAGAUCCUGAGAGAACUUCUCAUCAACAAAAGCUUGUUGACAAUUUAAAUAAAAUUAGUAUUGGUCAAGAAGCUUUUAUAUCAUCUUUUCAGGUAUUCAUGCCCUUCUUUCAUGUGGAGGAAUCAUUAUUUGACACAUUGUAAUGAUUGCUGAAUUUGUAUGAUUCUGGUUCAUUUGUGUACAAGCGUGAGUUUUCUGAGGUUGGUGACUCUUGAGAUUCACUGGGGAAAUCUAAAUCCACAGUGAAUCAUCUGUCAGUCUUAAGUUAUGUUUCUGUGUCAGUCAUGGAUGGAUUAUUGAAUGGGACUCCCGGGCACGGGCCAAAGGGGGAAGGGGGGGACUAUAAAAACAAGCAAAAUGACUACAAAGACACUAAACAAUUACAAAGAGACACGAAAAGACCACAAAGUGAUGCAAAAAUAACUACAAGUAUACACAAAAUGACUAAAAAGAUGCAAAACAACUAGAUAACACAAAAUGACUAUUGUGACUAAGGAGGAUCUGGGAGGGAGGAGACAGCUACAGGGGGAAGAUGGAGCAUCAGUUGGGGCAGAACAAGUCCAGUCUUGAGGGGCCUUAAAAUCUCUGGCUACAAAGGACCCGACUCCCAGACUGUGGGGGACCGAAGUGGGUGAAUGAUCUGGACUCAGUCUUCAAUAGACCUGAUCAGUCAUCUGGCCUUUCCCCUGUCAAGACCUCCCUGCGCAAUCCCCAUCGUCUACACUCCAAGGACCUCGACAGCUACAGGCCUGUGGCACUGACAUCACAUCAGAUUAAGAUCCUGCAGAGGCUGGUUCUUGUCCAUCUCUGCCCCCUGGUGAUACCAUCAAUGGACCUGCCACAUCUCGCUCAUCAACCUGGCAUUGGGGUGGAUGACGCUGUCAUCUACCACCUACAUAGAUCAGUCUUUCACCUAGGAAAGGCUGGGAGCACUGUGAGAAUCACACGCUUUGAUUCUUCCAGUGCCUUCAAUACCAUACGGCCCACACUGUUCUAAAGGACAAGUUGGAGAGCAUGGGGUGGACCACCACCUCACAGCACGGAUCAUGGACUACCUCAUCAGCCAACAACAGUAUGUGAGGAUACAGGACUGUGAGUCCAACAUGGUUGUCUGCAGCACAGGGGUCCCACAGGGCACAGUACUGGCUUCCUUCCUCUUCACCCUCUACACUGCAGAUAUCACGCACAAAUCAGCUAACUUCCACCCGCAAAAGUUUUCUGACGACUCUUCAAUCAUAGAUGGGGUCGACGCAGACCACAGACAAUUGACCCAGGGAUUGUUGGAUUGGUGCCGGUGGAACCUCCUCCAGAUCAAAGCAGGGAAAGCCAAAGAGCUGGCGGUGGACUUCCGCACUGUGGAUUUAACUAAGGAUUGUUGUAUCUUAACACAUACAUAAAACAACUACAAUGAGACACAAAAUGAGUCAAAAGUGACACAAAACAAUCAAAAAGUGACAAAAAAAAAAACUACAAAUAGAUGCAAAACAACUACGAAGAGAUUCAGAAUGACCAUAAAGAGAUGUAGGCACGACUUGCAGUUGUCUGAGGUCUUGCUUCUAUCUAGGUGGGGUGGGAGGCCUUUCCCAUGUCUGUGCUCAGGGUCCUGUUGUCUCAUAAUCUGUCCAUGGUACCAGGGAAUGUAUAGAGUGUGUUAUUUGAGACAGUGUCCUAUGCUGAGUGUUUGUUUGUUGUGUGUAUAAAUUGGGACGACUGGGGAUAUUCUGGGUAAGUCAGGUCUGAUUAUGUUUACGUUUUAGAAGCUGCCAAACUGCCCUGCGUUCUUAUUGCUGUCUUCUGAUUACCACGUUACUACUAUGUUGUUAAUGUCUACAGGAUUUGACAUAAUCACAAAGCAGGAGGGCAACAGAUUUUAUUCAGUGAGGGAGAUCAGAUUGCUGGAGGAUUCAGUGCUGUCUCCGGCAAAAGACAAAUAUGUUUGUCGGAUGUGAAGGAUCGCUAGCUGGCUAAUUCAUUGAUCCUACAGUCCAACUGAAUGAGUUGAGUCAGAAUUUGUUGCCAUGGUGACAGACACAGGUUUGGGUAGAUGUGGCUCACUAAGAGCCCCGAUGUAAAUGGUAACCAUGUCAACCAUGUCAGUGUGUAGCAGUGUCUGUGUCGUGGUUCAUGUACACUCGCCAUCAGCGAAUCUGUAGUUUUGCUGUGUGUGUGUGUGUGUGUGUGUGUGUGUGUGUGUGUGUGUGUGUGAGAGAGUGCACGUGUGUUAGCAUGAAUGAGAUACGUGUGGGUCUGUUUGUGUGAAAAUGUGUGAAUGUGUGUGAUUAAUUAAAUUUUGUGGUGCAUAAAAGUUAUUUUCUGGAACAUGUGUUGUAGUGAAGAGGAGGAAAUCACCAUGGAAUCAUGUCCCCAGAAUGAAAUAUAUAAUCAGAGUCCCUCUCAAGAUAUUUGAAUUACAAAAUAUGAAACUAAAUUCAUUUUUUAAUGAACAGAGCCAAAUAUAAAACUUCAUGUUAGAGUGAUAUGAUUGACCUGUAGAAUGCCUUGCCUGCUAUUCUAACUAAUCCUGCGUAAACAGGGCCCCCUGCAGACCAAAGAAGGCACUGCAGCAGCAGGAGCGGGGCUCUCAGUUUUUAAAAGUAAUCAUGAUAAUAAUGCAUGGAACUGUUGUAUAGAACUCAUUAUAUAUUGAAUACUAUUCAAUUUUUUAAGUUGACUCCAAGAUGUUUUGCAAAGUGAGAUUCGCCAGCCACCAGUGCAGCUGACAGGAUUCCCUCCAGUGUAAAUCACAGUUUACCGGCAGGAUUGUGACUACACACCCAAACAAUGCUUUGUUUCUUCAGUGCUGUUAUUUCAACCUCAUGAUCUUGUCGGUCACACGUACACAAGCACCAGUGUGUAUAUAUUUCAACGCUCCAGGGUGAAACUGUACCACAGUGCUGACUGUAACUUACAGUCAACUGUAGUAAAAGAAAAAACUAUGUGACCACAUUGUCCAGGGCCUUGAGCUACACUGACAGAAAAGUUCAGGCUCCACGUUCUAGUUCUAGUGUAGUUUGAAAGAGAUAAGCCCUUCUUCUGAAUGCAGGCUCAAGACAAAUGGAAAUGUCCCUAGUUCCAGCACAAAAAAGAUUUAAAAUAAUUUCAAUAUAGUCUUAUAAAACAGAGCCAAGAUCACUCAGUUUAAGAUUUACCUGUGAGCAUGUUUUUUUUUUAAAUAUUUUAUACCCAACACUAUCUGUCAGCGAGUGCAUUUUGGGCAUCCUCUGUAUUAUAAAAUGAGGGAAAACACAGAAGUACUUUCCUUUCAGGAUUUUAGUUCAGGAAAGGGUGCAACAGUGCUGGGUGCUGAGUAUUACUGGGUGGAGUUUCAGGUACCUGGGGGGUUUGGUUUGGUUUGAAAAGUGUAUUUGGUGCAGUUAAAGGACUAUACUUCCUGGUUUUCAUGUUGUAGCCUUUUAAAACAUCUACUGGCAGUUUUUCAUUCCACUAUGAUAUGAGUAUCAGCUUGCAGAGACGCAGGACAUGAAUUGGCCGAUGCUUAUUGUCUCGCAGGUUUGACCGUCUGAUAACUUCUUGGUAACGGAAUGAUUUUCAGAAGCAGACACGCAAAUUUCAUACGUUCAAAAAAGUUCCUGCUCAGCGCUCACAAACGCACUAACACUCCACGAUAAUUAAACUGAAUAUUAAAAUUCUAAUCUUUAAGAUUUUCAUGCAAUCAAACCCUAUUUUUGAUAGUGUUUAUGGUAAUUUAAUGUAUUCACAUUAUGUAAUUGCGUACGAUCACAUAUGCUACAAUAUGAAAAACUGCCAGUAUAGUUCUUUAACUCUUGGGUAGUACUGGGCUGCUAGUAACCUGUUAACUGUGGUUAGGUGAGACUGGUGGUAUUAGGUACUGUCGGGGUACCGUUAGGUAGUUUGGGUUACUGUCCGGUCAGGUUGUAUUAUUGUUGUCAGUGCUUCAGUCUCUUCUUCAAUCAGUGUGAUAGAUAAAAAUAAUACAUUUCUCUGUUUUGUGCUCUGGCCCAUGUACACUGCCGUGGUAUUGGUUGAUUGUAAAAUUCAGUAAGUUAUUGAAGUCAAUGGAACCUGUGUGUGAUUCUGUCUAGGGUCUGAUUUGUCCUGUACUACUGAAAAAAAAAAAAAAAAAACAAUAUUACUACUGAUCAUUUAUUAACUAGAAUGCACUCUUUGUUGGAAAUACUUUGUUUGACCACUCUUAAAGGGGCUGUCAGCGCCGAAAUCAAAGUUAUAUGUGAUCAUGCUGUCGUUUAGUUAGACUGAGAUAAUAAAAGUUGAUGAUAUGGAGUGACGCUGGCACCAUCGGUUAUGUGGUUUCCAGUAUACAACAUUGCAUGGAUGUUACGAUAUCUCCCCCCAAAUAUUGAUGAUAAAAAUUGAACCCCCAUUGACCAAUAAACGAGUAAACAUUGAUUCUGUAGCGUGCGACCCCUUUAAUGUUUCUUCUGAGCUGUUUCUUCCUGUUCUGAAGGUGUUUGACCUCUUCAGUGUAAAAAUGCUGUGUACAGAGAUGUGUGUCACUGUCUAUUACCUGAAUGUCUCUGGACUGCAGUCUGACCGUCACUCCAAUA